AUUUCAUAGGCUAGUGACUUAAUAUCGAAAAUACUCAUCCACCGAAAUGGCUGAUGUCAAAACUGAUCACCAAGUCCAAGGAAUGACAGUAUUCUUAGAUAUAUUUCGUCGAGCUGAUAAGAACGACGAUGGAUUCAUAUCCUGGGAAGAAUUUGUCUCCUAUUUUGCUGAUGGUGUUAUGGGAAAAGAAGAGCUGCAAAAUUUGUUCCAUGAGAUUGACUCACAUAACACCAACAACAUCGACACUGUGGAGCUCUGCACCUACUUCAGCCAACAUCUCAACAAGGAAUUUGAAGACAUGUUUGGCUUCAUGGAGAAAAUGAAUGAGAAAAUGAGCAGCGCUAUGCAUGGAACUGCUCAAACUUACAAAGAUGCAGAGCGUAAAGAAAAGUUCAUGAUGAGAUUCUUUCUGAAAGAGAUCCGCAACCAGGUCUUGGCAUUACAGUUUCAAUUUGAUGCAGCAUUGGAGACACUGGAUGCCCAGGCCAGGGAAGAGAGACAGGACAUUCACCCAGUGGUAGCUGAAGACCUGAAAAAGUCCCCAGCGUCUACGAUUGUACCAGGACACAUUGCCAGGAGAGCAAAGCGUCAGGUCAGCUCCAUGAGCUCAGGGCUAGAGGAGAUUAGCCUUGUUGUAGAUCAGAAUAUAGGGAAGAUAACUAGUACAGAUGGAAGUUUGCUCAAUGUUCAGAUUGACAGAUUGGCCAGUUUGUUAGAUCGUGUAGAACGCAAGAUUAACUUUGAUGGAUUCAGAGAUGAGGAGAUAGUCACAGACUCAGAUGACACUAUUCUCCUGGUACAGAGAGAAUUUUUUGUUUUGGAGGAUAAACUGGAUGACUUUGUUGCUCAGCUCCGUGCGUAUGUUGACACCACACAGGGCUUUAGAGGCUGUUUGAACCUCAGUGUACGAGAAAUAAAACCCAACCACUCUUACAUCAUCUACGAGCUGUGGGUCUCGGAAGAGAAAUACUUACACAACUGCGACAGCCCAUCAACAAAACAACUUGUCAGUGUGACAGCCGAGCUCUUAAAGAAACCAGAAACUGUUCACUCCAUGAUGAUUCCAAAAUCCUGGUGGAAGAGAACAUUCUAGAAGUGAGCCAGGUUCUUUAGUGUGGCUGCAAAAUAUUUAAGUAUAUUUUUUUCUGGAUCAAAGCAGACCCACUAUAUUUCUUAGAGUUUCUCAUUUCAUGUUUUGUGUAAACCUGUAGAUGAUGGAGCUAGAAGUUGUCAGUUGGGGCGAGGAAGCUAAAACUGGAUAGGAAAUUGUAUACAAAUUAUAAUAUUUUUUGUUAAUGAAAUGGGUCAUUAUGUGCCAAAAACAAAACUAUAACAAUUGUUUGAGAAAAAAAUUUAAUUUAUUUUCAUUAAGCAAGAGUUACUUCCUCUUCACUUGCCCAUCAAAAUGCUUGUUUCCUGACGGUCACUGGAUUUGAUCUCUUCAAUGCAAACUUAUUGCACUUUUUAAUAAUUUCACAGCUUUGUUUUUUUUUAGGACACAUUCACAUUUCUGAUUUUAUAUAUUUUUUAAAAUUGUGUUUAUUAGAUAAAAAAAAAAUGUUCUACUUACAAUUUUUCAUUUGUGUUUAGAACAAUGUUUUUGUAAAUCUUUUUAUUUUAGAUGUACCUUUUUUACAGUCUUUGAUAAUUCAUCUUAACAUGUUAAAAUCUAUGACAAGAGUUGAUAUUGACAAUUUAUUAUUAUUUAUUCAAACAACUGUUAGUUUUCUUUUUACAUUUAUUUUUUAAAUCUCACAUUUUUUUACAAUUUUAGAAAUACAAAAUCUAAAUGAACCAGUAGGAAGCAUGGUUGAGAGGCUAAGUACGCUUGAGCUUGGCUAGGCUACACCGAUGAAGAGGCCUCGAGGUUUGCUACCCAACUCGAGCAGAGUUGUGUUUACUUAGCGCCUAUAGGCAGCAGAUAAUCCUCCCCCCACUGGUCCACAAAUGAGAUUGGACCAUAGCGCUCUGAGCAUGCUGUAAGCAUGAAAGUAGCGCUCUUUAAAAGCUAUAAUUAAAUUUAACCUUUUCUGUCUCAGCUAGGCUCUGAAAGUUGAACUCUUAAUUCAAGAUGCCGCAGCAAUAAUCAAAAUCUGGAUACUACAAUGUUCAGCUGUAAUGUUUAUAAAAAAAAACUGAAAACUGAUACAAAUUUGUCCUUAAUUAAUUUUUUCUGUGUAUAUGCACCACUUUUUUUAGCUACUUCAAGGCAUUUACUUAACGAAAUUGUGAUUUUUAUACAUUUUUUUAGAUCUGUUUAUUAUAUUAUACUAAAAUGUAUAUAAUUAUUUUUCAUUAUUUAUUGUUUCAACUUCAUGCACCUGAAUGUCUGUGACGACACUUUCUAGUGAUUGAGCAUUUAUUAAGUGCUUUGUGCUUUCCUUAAAUAUGAUUUUAGUCGUAGGUGAGAUGUUUAAUAUUUUCUGAACAGCAGCACUUAUGAAAUGCAUGUCUCAGUCCUGGCCAAUCUAAGGGAACAAUUCCUAUUCCAUAUGCAAAUUUGUACAAGUGUUCUUUCUAGCGUAGUGCUGUUAGAGCAUGGAAUAGGUUUGCCUGGAUCAGCCAGGAAAUGCUUGUCUCAGCCCUGGCCAAUCUAAGGCACAUUUUAUUUGUACAAGUGUUCUGGAUCAGCCAGGAAAACCAUCGACUUAGCAGACUUUAAAUCACUAAUUAACAUGCAUGACUAGAUUAACACAUGGAUGUAAGUAAAUUCAACUUUCAAACCUUGCAGUCUAUAGAGUCAUCUGUUUUUGUGGCCCACAGUUAACGAGGGUGUCAUAUGGCCAGCACAACAACCAACUGCCUUUACUUUUCCCCAAUUAAUAUUAGGUACCCAUUAGAGCUGGGUGUACUCAGAGGCACACUAAAGAUCCCAAAAUUAAAAAAUUCGAGUCUUCACCUGGAUUCGACUCUGGGACCUCUCGGUUCAGAAGCCAAGAGCUUUACCACUCAGCCACAGCGCCUCCACAACACAUGGAUGUUCGUACGACAUAAUUUUUUUUCUCUUUUGAAGUAACGUCUGUAAUUUGUAAGAUAAGAAGAUAAGGAAGCUUCAUCAAACAAAUCAAAUUUCAAUGUACUACAGAGAAAUAGUUUCAGCAGCAGGUUUUGAAUUCUUUUUAUUUACUGUUAUUCAAAGACGCUUUGGCUGUAUGCUCUUUUCUUUCAGAAGUAAAAAAACAUUAAUUUGAUUGAUUUGGGAUAGGAUGGGAGCUUUCCAAAAAUUAGUGAAAGAGAUAGCUUUUUGGGAUGGACAAAUUCUUAAAUUUGUUACAUUCUUUGAUACCGCACUCAACAGUUUAAAAAAACCUUCUGAUAGGAGUCCUUCCACUGAUCAGAGUAGCACAGACUUAUGUCCAGAAUAAUGUGGACUCUAGACUUGUAUAACCAACUAGUGGGUGAAAGUACUGAAGUGUUCUUACAGUUGGUCACUUCAUAGUUUGUUGUCUCUAAGCUACUUCUGGCCUGCGGUGCAUGGCAGCUCUAUGUCUUUGUCUUGACAUAACAUUUUUUAGCAACUAAUCAAUUCCUUUUUUUUGGGGAAAGUGUUAUCUUAGUUUGAUUUAAAUAGAAUAUAGACAAGGGAAAGAAGCUUCAAGUUUCUCUUUGAAAAGUUUUUGGCUGUGAUAAUAGCAAUAAUUGUACACUUUUUCUUCCUAGUUUGAAAUAUUUCUUUCUCUUUUGCUAUUUGUACAAACUUGAUAUCAACUCACUCAAUCUGGUACAAUGUUGUACACAUUAUUUCUCCCACUUUUCAUUCAAGUUGAAACUUGGCACAAUUAUUCACAUUGGUCCUGACCAAAUAGGAAUCAUUUUUU